ACAACGACUUCAAACCGACAAUCUCUUGCAGUGUACACUCGCAAACCAAUCUACUAUAAUAUAAUGAAUCAAAAUAUGAUGACCACGAGUGUUUAUACUAUUAUUGCCGAAAAUAGUGCACGUGUUUAAAAGGCAUUCGUUCAGUUUAUAAUAUUUUCCGCUUUCAAGGAGGGAUCAUAAUGGUUGACUGGUUGAUAAAAACACAUUAUUUAUUUCUUUUGGCUGCGUCAGCUGCUCAGCUAUCACGGCAAAAGAGUACAAUGGUACCCUUCAGUAACAAAAUUCUUCAGCUGAAUUCGACCUGCGAUAAUCACUAUUUGAACGUGACGCUACAAAUGAAGAUGCCUUUCAAAGGAGUCAUUUUUGCUAAAGACUUUUCGCAGGAAUGUCGUUAUUUGGGAUCAUUCAUGCCAAACGCAAGUCUGCGAAUACCAACCGCAGGUUGUGGGGUGCGACUGGAUUCCAUCAACACAUCUCCUAAGGAAAUGUUCUAUCUUGUAAAUUUAGUUAUUCAGCAAGAUCGUUAUUUAAGGCAAAUUUCCGAUCAAGAAAUUACAGUUAAAUGCCGACUCCAAGAGGACGCUUUUAUGAUAAAUAAUAAAGUCAUUAGUGAUGUCAUUAGAAACGAGAUAUUCAGUAAAAAGUCAUUGACUGACAAAAGGACGGGAAGAAUGCGAGAUGAUAGAGCAAGGGAAGCCAACUCGAAAUUAAAUAGGAAAUUAGCGGAAGCUUUGUCAGCUACUAAAGCAUGGAUGGAAAUUAAACCGGAAAAACUGCACGAAAAAGCCGACGUUCUUUUGGUUGGAGAGGCAGCAAAAUUAAUUUUCAAAACCACACUGCCCGUGGGUAUAGGAUGGAAAGUAACGGAAUGCAUUGCCCAUGAUGGAUUAGGUGAAUCUUCGCAAAAGCUCCUCGAUGAGUUCGGAUGUCCGGUAGAUGUGAACGUCAUGCCGGCUCCUAAACUGACUGCAUCGAAGCCGAUUUCAAUGAUGAGACAUCAAGAGGCGGUUGCGAAUUUUGCUGCAUUCAAAUUUCCCGAUCGAGACCGAUUGCACUUAUCGUGCACCCUUAAGUUGUGUAAAAGCUCGUGCAGAAAGGUGAACUGCAAACGCCAUUUCAACUCAUCUGUGGCUUCCCACCAUCAGAAAACAAAGAACAUUUCCAAAUCGGAAGACGAUCAGACAAUAGAUCUAUUGCAGGUGUUCAAUAGUGUCAAAGUAAUCGCACCGGAAAUAGAAGAUCAGGAAAGAAAAUAUACCCAAAGAAGCAGCGGUAAGUUUUGCGGGAAUAUGGAACGGGAAUCUUUUGUAUAUAAUUCUCAAUGUGCCUCUCAAAAUAUGUACUACAGUAGUUCGUAG